AUGUCAUACAUUGAAAUAGAACAUAAUGAACACACUGGAUGGUUUUGUAAUAAUGAUCUUAUUCUUAUUUGUGAUCAAGAAACAUUCAUUAAUGAUAGAAAUAGUCCAUUUAUGGACGAUAAUAAACUUCAAUCAAUAUAUUCAACACAUAUAACUCGAAAAUGUCGUCGUCAUAUUCCAAAACUUGAUUUUAAUGAUAAAAAAUUAUUUCCAUAUAUAUCAAAUAAAACUAUACGUACAACAAUAACAAAUAUAUCUUCAAAUGAAAUAAAUAUUGAUGAAGAACUUCUAUCAGAAUUAAAUUCAAUGUUAGAUUGUCGUGAAUAUGUUAGUAAACAAAAUCAUUUUUUUGAUCGAAAACAAUUUCAACAAGCUCAAGCAGCACAAGCUGAUGAAGAAAAAAAAUUAGAAGAAUUUAAAAAACGUCAACAAGAACAAAAUAAAAUUGAAAGACAACAACGAAGACGACAACAUCCAUUAUAUGUUAGUCGAUUUGAUGAAAAACGUUAUGUACCAUCAAUAAGAAAAAAAUUAUAUAAAUUUGAUAAUUAA